AUGUAUUUGAAAAAAGUGACCUGGAGAGCAGACCCAGAGCGGACUCUGAGCGAGGACCCUGCGAGCAGACCCGGAGAGAGGAUCCCAAGACUGGAACCCGAGACCGGAUCCCGAGACCGGAUCCCAAGACCGAAUCCCAAGAGCAGACCCGGAGAGCGGACCCGGAGAGCGGACCCGGAGAGCGGACCCGGAGAGCGGACCCGGAGAGCGGACCCGGAGAGCGGACCCGGAGAGCGGACCCGGAGAGCGGACCCGGAGAGCGGACCCGGAGAGCGGACCCGGAGAGCGGACCCGGAGAGCGGACCCGGAGAGCGGACCCGGAGAGCGGACCCGGAGAGCGGACCCGGAGAGCGGACCCGGAGAGCGGACCCGGAGAGCGGACCCGGAGAGCGGACCCGGAGAGCGGUGGCUAUUAGUUGGCUACGCAAUUAA